AUGACAUCACAAGCCAGCCAUCUUCCUACCUUGGACCAUCUUGUCGUCCUCGUGUCGUUCAACACCCUGGAGAAUCUCUCCAGCCAUCUCCAAGAUCUAUUCACAGUCGCCCCGGGCGGUAAACAUUCCAACGGACUCACAUCAAACAAGUUGGUCCUCUUCCAAGACGGAGUCUACAUCGAAUUCAUCGCCUUCUACGACAAUAUCGACCCUGAAAAGCGUCGGAGCCAUCGCUGGGGAAACCUCCGCGAGAACAGCAUCAUCGACUGGGCUUUCACAUAUCCACCCAACAACGACUUCAACGCGAUUAGAGAUCGCGUGGCUAGUACAAACACACAAAUUUCAUAUGAGGAGCCGGCGGAAUGGAGUCGGGAGAGAGAUGAUGGCGUGAUUCUCGAGUGGACACUUAGCACGGCGAAUGGGCCGUCCGAUAAUCCGAUCUCACCAGGCCAGCUGCCAUUUUGGUGUCUUGAUACAACACCCAGAUCGCUGCGUGUUCCGUACAAAGAGUCGCCGCAUUUGGCUCAACACCCUUCUGGUGUCCGGAGUGUUGCUUCACUGGCGCUAGCCGUUGAUUCGGGUGAGAUCGACCGUCUGACAAAGGUUUAUGAGGCCUUAAGCGGUCCAGCAAUAUCUGGUGGAGUCUGGGGCUACAGUGUGCCCGAGGGUCCACAAGCGGGUACUAUCGCUUUGGAAGAAACUCCUGGGGACGCAUCAAUUAAUUUGACGCUGAGUGGACUCUAUUCAAAGCAGAUUGAGCCUUUACCUGGACUCGUAUUCGAAAUCAAGAAGUGA